AUGCCAGAACACUUCAAGAAAGCCGAACAAGUCGUCGAUCCAGCUGGCCACGGUAUGCCAACCAAGGAUAACCUCAACGACAAGUUGAUGAGCGAACGUCCAGCAGGCAUCGCCGGUACCACCACCUCUACCACGGACGCUCCAGGCCCAGUCGAUGACAGAACUCAAGAGGAGAAGUACGCAGACUCACAAGCUACUGCCCAAGUAAACAAGGGUGGUGACAAUGUCGUCCCUACCCCAGAGCAACAAACUGACCUCAACAACAUGAACGAGCGUCUCUCCAAGUAA